AACGAUAUACGUAUCCAACACAAUCCAAUCCAUCCCCUCAAUGAAAACGUGAUGAAAACAUGAAACCGUGUGCGCGUUGUUGCGCAGCUAGCGCUGUUCUCAAAAGACCCAAAACUGGUGAUGCGCUCUGCAAAGACUGCUUCUUCCUCGCCUUUGAGACCGAAGUCCAUGAAACAAUCUCAAGGGCCAAACUCUUUUCACCUGGCGACUUUGUGGCAAUUGCUGCAUCGGGAGGAAAGGACUCCACUGUACUCGCUUAUAUGAUGAAACUGCUGAAUGACAGGCAUGGCUAUGGACUGAAGCUAGUGCUCCUCUCCAUUGACGAAGGCAUAGCAGGCUACAGGGACGACUCACUCAAGAUGGUGCAGCUGAAUCAAGAACAGUAUGGAAUUCCUUUAAAAAUUCUGUCCUACCAGGAUCUCUAUGGAUGGACAAUGGAUGCCAUUGUGUCACAAAUCGGCCGCAAGAAUAACUGCACCUUCUGUGGGGUGUUUAGGCGACAGGCCUUGGACAGGGGGGCCUCAAAAUUGGGUGUCAACAAGAUGGUCACAGGGCAUAAUGCAGACGACAUCGCAGAGACUGUGGUGAUGAAUGUUCUAAGGGGAGACAUUGCACGGCUGCAGAGGUGCACGGCUAUCACUACGGGAUCUGAAGGAGCCAUCCCUCGUUCCAAACCAUUCAAGUACACCUACGAGAAGGAGAUUGUAAUGUAUGCCCACUUCAAGAAGUUGGACUAUUUUUCGACAGAAUGCAUUUACUCUCCUAAUGCUUACAGAGGUCAUGCAAGGGCAUACUUGAAGGACCUUGAGGCCAUUCGCCCCACUGCCAUCUUGGACAUCAUCCAUUCUGGAGAGUGCAUGGCUGUCAAGGAGGGCAUCAAGCUUCCACAACAAGGCGUGUGCAGCCGAUGUGGCUACAUCUCGAGCCAGGAGGUGUGCAAGGCGUGUGUCAUGCUGGAGGGCCUCAACCGAGGUGUGCCCAGGCUGGGAGUGGGAAAAAGCUCCAAGGACAGGGCCAGGUUUGCUGCUCUUGGGAAGGAGUCAACUCCAGCAACACAGGCAAAGGGUGGCACUUUCGACUGGUGACGCAGGCUUCCGGAUAUUUUUUUCUGGCAUUACAAAUGUUUUAGUAUUUGACCAACCUCUGGUCUUCAAACGACUUGUUUCAGUUCUGUUUUUUUUUUUUUUUUUUUUUUUUUUUUUUAUGUAUUUAUUUGUUGGUGAGGCACUUGAUUUCAUGUUGUCUUUGAAUUUCUUCCAUAACCUGAUUAUGAUGUGCACCUCAUCCUCCCAUUAUACAAAGUGGAACUGGAUUCAAAUCAGACAUGAACCAACAUUAUGGAAGAGUCAGCUUGUGCAGUUUGUUAGGACCUAUAUUGCCAGAGCUUGUAUGUCUAUCGUAAAUGACUGCAAAACCUGUGAUAGUUUAUUUCUUAUAAGUCAGUAUGUCAGCGGUUGUUGUGGGAAGAAGAAGCACGUAGGAACUUCUGGGUGUUUUGCACUGUGAUACGCUGCAGUAUAGACCACCAGGAUGUGCUCCAGUCUUUGACGUCCCAGAGAACUUACGGUUCAUAAAAAGAACGAACAUUGCCCACCUUAACAUUGCUGUUUGAAAUGUCGAUGAAAUGUUUAACCAACCAAUUUUCUAGGUGAACGCCAAAAGGAUCAGAAGCGCAAGAUCUGUUAAAAAAUUUUUGAAUAUUCUUGUAAGCCAACUUGCCCCCUCCAAGACGUUAAAUUGUACAACCGAAGGCCCUCGUUAAUUCUCCAACUUUGUUGUCCGUGUAGCAUUUAUGCUUUCUAGCACUGGUGACACAAGCAAGCUCAACAGGCUUGCAAAGACUGAGCAACCGGAAUUCAUUUGGGAUGCAAGCGGCAGUUCCUGUUUGUAAACAGCAAUGGGUGCUGUCUGUGUCUUUUUAUGUACCGCUCCUGCUGUGGCCUCACAUGUUCACUUUUAGAUGGAAAUAGGAAGUUUUAAUAGAUUAUUCCGAUAACUGAUAACAAUACCUGAUAAUGAUACAAUGAAUGUGCAAAGGCACUGGAGCAGCAUUGGGUAUUGUUAUCGGAGCUAUUGGAACUAUCUGCUAAAGCUCCCCAACAAUAAAAAGUAGUGGAUGCUCCUAGAGAAAUACUAUUGCACAGUAUAAUAAAAAUUAAUGUUUCAUCAUGCUUCAAGCUAUUGUUUUGAUAGUUAUGAAUUCAUCUGUGAUAAUCCAAAAACAUGCCUAUCUUCGGGAACGCGAAUUCAAGAAAACAGUCAUGCAUGUUUGUAACUUUUUAUGGUGUAUACUUUUAGGAAUGUGUUCUGACCAGAGAUAGUUUUUACAUAAUCAUGUUUUGAACUAUUGCCAAGAUUAGCAGAUGGUGUUCGCAAAAUCUUGGCACACCUUUGCAUGUGCCAAGAUGUGUCAGGAGCUCUGGACUAGGGGCACCUUAGCACCAAUAAAGUUACUUUUUUCUUUGCAUGUGUCGGAUACCAAGCUUAGGUUGAAGAUUUCUCUUCAAAUUGCCAAAUAUUGUAACUCAGGAGUAAGACAAUGGCAUCUGCAGCAUGCUAAUGGCACCCUUUUAUGCUUUGUCCCACUGUAAUAGUGCAACCAAGCGUUAGAAGACGUACAAUCGCAAACUAAGUGUCACGAUCGGCCGGGAUCUCGGACAUGGAGUCGAGGCACCCGCCGAGAGAAGAGACGACCCGCCGCCUGGUGACGGUAAACGAUGACUGACCGCGAGCAGCUGUGCUCGUCGGUGUUUGUAUGGCUGGAUGUUAAUGUCAUUACCCUUUGUAACAGGCGGUAGCUUGCACCACCCAGCCUAAAUAUAAAAAACAAAUAUAUACCUCCCACCCUCCUAAGACCAAUUUUUUCCCCUUAACUAUCACCAGGCAGCAGAGUGUCGAACCGGAACCGAACCGAAGCAAAAACCGGAGCAGAACCCUUAUUUUUAGCCGAACCGGAACUGAACUGAACCGAAAUCUUCGCCGCCAUCUUGGAACUGAACCGGAAAAAAAUUUAACGGUAACCGGUUCAAAACGGUUCACGAUAUUUUUUUUUUAAUUACAAAAUGAGUGUUUUAGAAGUAAAAAUUGGCAGCUGCAUUGCUAUGUAGUGAUCAGAUUGUCAUAAACAGAAUUGCAAUAUAAAGAAAUUGUGGGUUUUCGUAGCGCUUUUGUAUUGGCACGAUUAAUCGUGUGUCACGUCGUCACGUGACGUCAUGGUUUCAAGACAUGCUGUCAUAUAAUGUCACGUCCCGUGACCCCGUGGCAUAGUCGCAUUACUCGCCGCGUCAAGUCUACUUCUAACGUUUCGCCUGCUUCUUCCUCCCCGGCCUUCUUUUCCCUCGCCCUACCUUCCUCAGUUGCAACGGAAUAUGGAUCUGUUAGCGUUGUUGACACCGUGAUGUAACAUGCCAUCACUAAGGCCCAUUUAUACAGAAAAGUAGCGACAUCCUUUGAAGAAGGCCGCCUGCAAUCUUGGGCCAAACCAGGCGGACGUACCGUCGACGCGAGGGUAUAAAAAAGCAAGACGUAAAGCUAAAAGGUGUGCUCGUAAGAGGAGGAGGAAGAAGGAAUGCCUAUGCUGUCGGAGUGCAGUGCAUGCUAUGAGCUCAUGUAACUAAUCAAAUAAAACCGACUGUGCAACGUCACGGC